GCGCUCAUGAGGAAACUUGCCUGAACUUUUCCCCCCCGACACCAUGUAUAAAAGGUCCAGAGGGAGUCGGACUCUCUGCUCCGGCUCCGAGACUCCAGCAUGAAGUCCCUCGUGAUCGUGGCGCUGCUCGGCAGCUUCGCCGCAGUGUUCGCUGACUCCCCCAAGUUGAAAUGGUGCGUCAAGUCCGAGGCAGAAUAUCAGAAGUGUUUGGCAUUUGCAGCCGUAGCUACAGGUUUCUCCUGCGUGAAGCGAACCAGCACCAUCGACUGCAUCAACGACAUCUCGAAAGGUCUUGCGGACGCCAUCACCUUGGAUGGGGGGGACAUCUACACUGCCGGACUGAAUAACUACAACCUGCAUCCCAUCAUUGCUGAAGACUACGGAAGCAACUCAGCUAGUUGUUACUAUGCUGUUGCCGUGGUGAAGAAAGGCUCUGGAUUCAAGUUUAGCCAGCUGCAGGGGAAGAAAUCCUGUCACACUGGCUUCGGGAAGUCCGCUGGCUGGAACAUUCCUGUGGGAACACUGCUGUCAAUGGGCAUUUUGACGUGGAGCGGAGUGGAAAACAGUACACUUGAGGAGGCUGUCGGCAACUUCUUCGAAGCCAGCUGUGCACCGGGCGCAUCGGUCGAUAAACUGUGUCGGCUGUGCAAAAACAACUGCACCAGGUCGCACCGGGAGCUCUACUAUGACUACGAAGGCGCCUUCAAGUGUCUGGAAGAUGGAGCUGGAGAUGUGGCGUUUGUGAAACACCUGACUGUACCAGACGACAAGAAGGCUGAGUAUGAGCUCCUGUGCAAGGACGACUCCAGACGUCCAAUCGAUGACUACGAGCGCUGCCACCUGGCCAGAGUUCCUGCUCAUGCUGUGGUCACCCGCAAAGAUGAUCAGUUGGCCCAGCGUAUCUGGACCAGCCUGCAACCAGCCCUCACCUCUACGGAAUUCAGUCUGUUCUCCUCCGCAAAAUACCAUUCCAAGAACCUGAUGUUCAAGGACUCGACCGUGAAGCUGGUGCGCCUCCCCGCCAUCACGGACUCGCUGCUCUACCUGGGGGCUCGGUACGUGAGCAUCGUCCGCUCCCUGAGCAAAGACACCAAUGUGGGUACUGUGUCGUCUGCGAUCAAAUGGUGUGUUGUGGGGGAGGCCGAGUUCAUCAAGUGCAGCGCUUGGAGAAUGGAGGACGACAACAUUGACUGCCACAAGGCCAACACAGUGAAAGACUGUCUCAACUUGAUUGUGCACUCAGUGGCCGAUGCCAUGGCAGUGGACGGUGGCCAGGUGUUCACAGCUGGCAAAUGUGGUUUGGUUCCUGCCAUGGCAGAGGAGUACAAAGAAGCUCUGUGCAACAACCCUGCAGGUCCCUUCUCUUCUUACUACGCUGUUGCCGUGGUAAAGAAGGGCUCAGGCGUGACGUGGAACAACCUGAAAGGAAAAAGAUCGUGCCACACUGGACUGGGCAGAACUGCUGGUUGGAACAUUCCCAUGGGCGAAAUCCACAAACAGACCACUGACUGUGAUUUCACUAAGUUCUUCAGCGGUGGCUGUGCUCCCGGGUCAGUGCUUGGAUCUCAUUUCUGCUCACAGUGUGUCGGCAGCGGCAGAGCAGUGGGAGACCCCUACAAGUGCCAGGCCAACUCUCACGAGCGUUACUACGGCUACACCGGCGCCUUCAGGUGUCUGGUUGAAGGGGCAGGAGACGUUGCCUUUGUGAAACACUCAACUGUGCAGGACGUCACUGGCGGUGGUAGACCAGAUUGGGCCCUGAACGUGAAGGCAGAGGACUAUGAGCUGAUUUGCCCGGGGGAGGGUCCAGUUCCGAUCACAGACUUCGCUUCCUGUCACCUUGCUAAUGUCCCUGCCCAUGCUGUCGUCACCAGACCGGAGAUUCGCAACAGUGUUGUCCAAGUCCUCCAGAACACGCUGCAGAACAGUGACUUCAAGUUGUUCAGCUCUGAUGGAGGAAACAACCUGCUGUUCAAGGACUCCACCAAGUGUCUGCGCGAGAUCCCAGCUGGCACAACAUACCAGCAGUUUUUGGGAGAUGAAUACAUGAAUGCAAUGAACUCCCUGAGGAAGUGCACUGAUUCAGCUUCAGAUCUGGAGGUAGCCUGCAGUUUCCACACCUGUCAGCAGGGGAACUAGUGUUCACUGUGGACAGAGGGGCUGAAACAGAGAGUCCAGGACCGGACACUCAUUUCUCACAACUGCCGAUCAUGUUCUUGCAAACUCACUGCUCUCAUUUGCUUAUUGAGGUCUUCGACCCUCGUCUCUCCAUGAAGCGGUUUCCAGGCUGUUAAAAUAAUGUAACUUAAUCCAUCAUCUUUGUUUAUGUCGCCCACUUUUUCCAAAUAAAGUCUUUUUAAUGCACAA